GAGAAAGAGUAGGAAGAAGUGGGAGGAGAGAGGGCGGCAGAUACGAUUAAAAAGAGGGUUGAAGAGGAACAACUGACAGGCUCAAGAGCAAAGAGCAGUGGACAGUUGAAGAGGCAGCCAGAGCACCAAGGAGCCAUCAGAACUUCCAGGGAGGAGGAGAAGAAGGAGAAGGCUAGGCGUUUGUCUGCUAGCUGAGCCAAGAUGGGCGACUGGAGCUUCCUGGGAGAGUUCCUGGAGGAAGUCCACAAGCACUCCACGGUGAUUGGCAAGGUCUGGCUCACGGUCCUCUUCAUAUUCCGCAUGCUGGUGCUGGGCACGGCUGCCGAGUCCUCCUGGGGGGAUGAGCAGGCUGAUUUCCAGUGUGACACGAUUCAGCCUGGCUGCGAGAACGUCUGCUACGACCAAGCCUUCCCCAUCUCCCACAUUCGCUACUGGGUGCUGCAGAUCAUCUUCGUCUCCACGCCCUCUCUGGUGUACAUGGGCCACGCCAUGCACACGGUGCGCAUGCAGGAGAAGCGGAAGCGGCGGGAGGCUGAGCGGGCCAAAGAGGUCCCGGCUGCCGGCUCCUAUGAGUACCCGGUGGCCGAGAAAGCAGAGCUGUCCUGCUGGGAGGAAGCCAACGGAAGGAUUGUUCUCCAGGGCACGCUACUCAACACCUAUGUCUGCAGCAUCCUGAUCCGCACCACCAUGGAGGUGGCCUUCAUUGUGGGCCAGUACCUGCUCUACGGGAUCUUCCUGAACACCCUGCAUGUCUGCCGCAGGAGUCCCUGCCCCCACCCGGUCAACUGUUAUGUCUCGCGACCCACGGAGAAGAAUGUCUUCAUUGUCUUUAUGCUGGCUGUGGCUGGACUGUCCCUCUUCCUUAGCCUCGCUGAACUCUACCACCUAGCCUGGAAGAAGGUCAGACAGCGAUUUGUCAAGUCGCGGCAGGGCGUGCCUGAGUGCCAGCUUCCUGGUCCCUCUGCCGGCAUAGUCCAGAGCUGCACACCACCCCCUGACUUCAGUCAGUGCCUGGAGAAUGGCCCCAGGGGAAAAUUCUUCAGUCCCUUCAGUAAUAAUAUAGCUUCCCAGCAGAACACGGACAACCUGGCCACUGAGCAAGUGCGAGGCCAGGAGCAGAUUCCUGGGGAGGGUUUCAUCCACAUCGGCUUCGACCAGAAGCCUGAGGUGCCCAAUGGAGUCUCACCAGGUCAUCGCCUCCCUCAUGGCUACCAUAGUGACAAGCGCCGUCUUAGCAAGGCCAGCAGCAAGGCCAGGUCGGAUGACCUAUCAGUGUAAACCUCCAGCAUGAGAGGUCCAAGACCAUUUGGUAACAAAAGAGGCUCGGAGAAGGAAGAUGUGUCCCUUCCGAGCCUCGUCUUUCUCAUUGUCACCACUGCUCUGCUCCCUUUGGGCCCCAGGUC